AUGAUUAAUUCUUAUAAAGUCAAAGUCCCCGCCGCUGUCCCCACCGCCGCAGCUCCCGCGCCUGGUGGCGCCACCACGCAUGCGCCACAUCGGUCCCGUCCCUACCGCGCUGCCAGCGCUGAGGGCCGAGGGGCCACGCGCCUCGGCUGCGGGAGAGUUCGGGCCCGGCGGGGAGGCCGGGGCAACAGCGGAGGAGGAGAGGAGGUGGCGGGCGGCGGCUGCUGGCUUAGAGCCAGAGGAGGCCGGGAAUUUGCCCGGUCUGAGGCGUGUCUUGUCUCCCGUGGUGGAGCUGCUCCCCUGGGCCUGCGAUCACCCGGCCGGGCUCACGCACAAUGCCCCCGGGGAGCGCGUCGCUGCUCAGCCCUCUGGCAGCGCGGGGGAAAAGCGUGUAUCUGCUGGGUUCUGCCAGGGCCCUUCCGUGCAGGCCUGGGCACUACAGGAACCAGCCGGCCUCGCCCGGCUCACCAGCGCAACCACCAGUGGUUACCUUGCUCUUUACGUGGCAGUCUCAAAGCAGAUAAUAAUAGAAUGGUUCACCUAGGUAUGAACUUCUCAGAAGUUAAAACAUAUUCAAAGAAUGACUUCUGGGAAUUCUCUGAGGGCCCACUGCACUGCUAUAGUGAGAUAAUGCAUCAGGAAGAGCAAUCCUAUGGAGAGAAAAAAAAGUAUCUGCAACCCUCAGCACUGGAAAUAUGAGGAUCACCAGCUCUAUCGGCCUGGUUCUCAGAGGAGAAGUGAUGUGGAACUGAACUUAAGCGAACUUGAAAUGGACAUGGAAAGUUGGAAAUCAACCUUCGUUGUUACAAGCCACCGAGAUUUUGUUUGUUACUGCAACACACUUUGGGCUAUUUGGGAUGAUAAAUACUCAAUUCCUUUAGUUAUGUAUGAUUAAUAUAUAGGCCUGUUUUUUUACCCCUAAGUAUAGUACUGUAGGGUUUACUUUUAGAAGAAAUAUGUUACCUUGGACUUGAUGGUGCUCUAGUGGUGCCGUCCUUUUGAGAAAAUGCUUCUAAGAUGGACAGUGAUGCUUUCAGUCAAAAAGACAAAGGUUUAAGUUAUAUCUUUGGUUACUCCCUUUCAUACAAGCUAUCAGUUAAAAAAGUCAAAAUGCUAUUCUGAAAUUCUUCUUUCUUAAAGAAAUUAGAUAUUGCCUACUCACCUUGUUCUAACAAUUGGGAGAAUUAAAGAAUAUUAGAGGGAAGAAAGGGAAGAGAAGAAAGUACAUGCCAGCCUCUCAGUUUUCUGUUAUUGAUUCUGGCUAUAAACAUGAUAAUUUUCCUUAUGAUUAAAUGAAGAAAGAGGAAAGUUAGAAUAUGAAAACUUCCUAAGGAUGAUUUUAUGAGAUACCAAAUAUAAUGAAGCACCAACUAAAAAUUAGUGCUAUAAUUAAAGAGAUAUAAACUAAAAAAUACCAUUAGUCUCAUAUGCCUCUAUCAAUAUCAUGAAGAAAUUAUGUAAAGCUAUUUUUAUAGCGUUUCUCUUAAUCAUAUAACACAUUCCUUAAAAUUAAAAAUCUGACUCAGUCAGUUUGGUGUCCCCAAUACCAAAUAUAUUAUGUAGAAACAAA